GCCCCCGCUCCGCGCCCUCAAAACAGUCGCGGCCCCGCAGGUGUUCAGCUUGGCCGCGAGUGCCGGGACUACAGCCGGGCGGGAACACCCAAAGCCUAGUGUCGGGCCGGGCCGGGCCGGGGUGGGUGGGUGCCCCCCCGGCCCGCCCAUGGGCUCAGGAUGCCUGUGCGGAGGGGCCACGUCGCUCCGCAGAAUACCUUCCUGGACACCAUCAUCCGCAAGUUUGAAGGCCAAAGCCGCAAGUUUAUCAUCGCCAACGCUCGGGUGGAGAACUGCGCCGUCAUCUACUGUAACGACGGCUUCUGCGAGCUGUGCGGCUACUCUCGAGCCGAGGUGAUGCAGCGGCCUUGCACCUGCGAUUUCCUGCACGGGCCGCGCACGCAGCGGCGCGCCGCCGCGCAGAUAGCGCAGGCCCUACUGGGCGCCGAGGAGCGCAAAGUGGAGAUCGCCUUUUACCGGAAGGAUGGGAGCUGCUUCCUGUGCCUGGUGGACGUGGUGCCGGUGAAGAAUGAGGACGGGGCCGUCAUCAUGUUCAUCCUCAACUUUGAGGUGGUGAUGGAGAAAGACAUGCUGGGUUCCCCAGCCCGGGACACCAAUCACCGCAGCCCCCCCACCAGCUGGUUAGCUGCAGGCCGUGCCAAGACCUUUCGCUUGAAGUUGCCUGCACUGCUGGCGCUGACCACCAGGGAGUCGUCCGUGCGGCCUGUGGGCGCGGGGGGCGCGGGGACCCCGGGGGCCGUGGUGGUGGAUGUGGAUCUGACGCCCGCGGUGCCCAGCGAGUCUCUGGCCCUGGACGAGAUGAUGGCCCUGGACAACCACGUGGCUGGGCCUCUGCCCGCCGAGGAGCAGCGCGCGCUGGUGGGCCCCAGCUUGCCCCCCGGCCCCGCCCCGGCCCCAGGCCCACACUCACCGCUAGCGCACAGCCUCAACCCCGAAGCUUCUGGCUCCAGCUGCAGUCUGGCCCGGACCCGCUCCAGAGAGAGCUUUGCCAGUGUGCGCCGUGCCUCCUCGGCCGACGACAUCGAGGCCAUGCGCGCUGGGGCGCUGCCCCCGCCCCCGCCGCGACACGCCAGCACCGGGGCCAUGCACCCCCUGCGCAGCGGACUGCUGAACUCCACGUCAGACUCGGACCUUGUGCGCUACCGCACCAUUAGCAAGAUCCCCCAAAUCACCCUCAACUUUGUGGAUCUCAAGGGUGACCCCUUCCUGGCUUCACCCACCAGUGACCGGGAGAUCAUAGCACCCAAGAUCAAGGAGCGGACCCACAACGUCACUGAAAAGGUCACCCAGGUGCUGUCCCUGGGUGCAGACGUGCUGCCGGAAUACAAACUGCAGGCGCCGCGUAUCCACCGCUGGACCAUCCUGCACUACAGCCCCUUCAAGGCCGUGUGGGACUGGCUCAUCCUGCUGUUGGUCAUCUACACGGCUGUCUUCACGCCCUACUCGGCCGCCUUCCUGCUGAAGGAGACGGAGGAGGGUCCCCCGGCCCCUGACUGCGGCUAUGCCUGCCAGCCUCUGGCUGUGGUGGACCUCAUUGUGGACAUCAUGUUCAUCGUGGACAUCCUUAUCAACUUCCGCACCACCUACGUCAAUGCCAACGAGGAGGUGGUCAGCCACCCUGGCCGCAUCGCCGUCCACUAUUUCAAGGGCUGGUUCCUCAUUGACAUGGUGGCCGCCAUCCCCUUCGACUUGCUCAUCUUCGGCUCUGGCUCUGAGGAGCUGAUCGGGCUGCUGAAGACCGCCCGGCUGCUGCGGCUGGUGCGCGUGGCGCGGAAGCUGGACCGCUACUCGGAGUACGGCGCGGCCGUGCUCUUCCUGCUCAUGUGCACCUUCGCGCUCAUCGCGCACUGGCUGGCCUGCAUCUGGUACGCCAUCGGCAACAUGGAGCAGCCGCACAUGAACUCGCACAUCGGCUGGCUGCACAACCUGGGCGACCAGAUCGGCAAGCCCUAUAACAGCAGCGGCUUGGGGGGCCCCUCCAUCAAGGACAAGUACGUCACGGCCCUGUACUUCACCUUCAGCAGCCUCACCAGCGUGGGCUUCGGCAACGUCUCGCCGAAUACCAACUCGGAGAAGAUCUUCUCCAUCUGCGUCAUGCUGAUUGGCUCGCUUAUGUACGCCAGCAUCUUCGGCAACGUGUCGGCUAUCAUCCAGCGGCUGUACUCAGGUACUGCGCGCUACCACACGCAGAUGCUGCGCGUGCGGGAGUUCAUCCGCUUCCACCAGAUCCCCAACCCGCUGCGGCAGCGCUUGGAGGAGUACUUCCAACACGCCUGGUCCUACACCAACGGCAUCGACAUGAAUGCGGUGCUGAAGGGCUUCCCCGAGUGCCUGCAAGCAGACAUCUGCCUGCAUCUGAACCGCUCGCUGCUGCAGCACUGCAAGCCCUUCCGGGGGGCCACCAAGGGCUGCCUGCGGGCCCUGGCCAUGAAGUUCAAGACCACCCAUGCACCACCCGGGGACACGCUAGUGCAUGCGGGGGACCUGCUCACUGCCCUCUACUUUAUUUCCCGGGGCUCUAUUGAGAUCCUGCGGGGCGACGUUGUGGUGGCCAUCCUAGGGAAGAACGACAUCUUUGGAGAGCCCCUGAACCUGUACGCCCGGCCCGGCAAGUCCAAUGGGGACGUGCGUGCCCUCACCUAUUGCGACCUGCACAAGAUCCAUCGGGACGACUUGCUCGAGGUGCUAGACAUGUACCCUGAGUUCUCCGACCACUUCUGGUCCAGCCUGGAGAUCACCUUCAACCUUCGAGAUACCAACAUGAUCCCUGGUUCUCCGGGCAGCACAGAGCUCGAUGGCUUCAGCAGGCAACGCAGGCGCAAGCUGUCCUUCCGCCGGCGGUUAGACAAAGAUACGGAGCAGCAGGGGGAGGUGGAAUCCCUGGGGCCUGGCCAGGCAGGGGCAGGGUCAAGUGGCCAGGGCCAGCCAGGGGGUGUGUGGGGGGAGAGCCCGUCGAGCGGCCCCUCCAGCCCUGAGAGCAGUGAGGAUGAGGGCCAGGGCCGGAGGUCCAGCCCCCUCCGCCUGGUGCCCUUCUCCAGCCCCAGGCCCCCUGGAGGGAUGACCAGUGGGGAGCCCCCGAGUGAGGACGGUGAGAAGCACAGCGACACGUGCAACCCGCUGUCAGGUGCCUUCUCCGGAGUGUCCAACAUCUUCAGCUUCUGGGGGGACAGCCGGGGACACCAGUACCAGGAGCUGCCUCGCUGCCCUGCUACCACCCCCAGCCUCCUCAAUAUCCCCAUUUCCAGCCCAGGUCGCCGGCCUCGAGGCGACGUGGAGAGCAGGCUGGAUGCCCUUCAGAGGCAACUCAACAGACUAGAGACCCGGCUGAGUGCGGACAUGGCUACUGUGCUGCAGCUGCUACAGAGACAGAUGACACUGGUUCCGCCCGCCUACAGUGCUGUGACCUCUCCGGGACCCGGACCCACCUCCACCUCCCCUUUGCUGCCUCUCAGCCCCAUUCCCAUCCUCACUCUGGACUCGCUUUCUCAGGUUUCCCAGUUCAUGGCAUGUGAGGAACUCCCCCCAGGACGCCCAGAGCUCCCCCAAGAGGGAUCCACCCGACGCCUUUCCCUGCCGGGCCAAUUGGGGGCCCUUACCUCUCAGCCUCUGCACAGACAUGGCUCCGAUCCAGGCAGUUAGUGGGGCUGCCCAGUGUGGACAUGUGGCACAUCCAGGCGCUGGGUCUGGCCUGGGCCCCUUCCCUCCGGUGCCCAGGUGCUGGUGGCAAUGGCUAUAGCCCAGCUCCUCCCAGCCCUCAGGACCAUCUCCUCCUGCAGUCUCCUGGGCCCUAGUGGGAGGAGCAGGGGCAGGGCCGGGCAGUGGAAAGGGGGCCUGUGGUCCCACCCUGUCCUGGGGGCAUUAGCUGGUCUAACUGCCCAGAGGCACCGGCCUGGACCGUAGGCACCUCAAGGACUUUUCUGCUAUUUACUGCUCUUAUUGUUAAGGAUCAUAAUUAAGGAUCAUAUGAAUAAUUAAUGAAGUUGCUAAUGACUAUGAGUAAUAAAUAAUUAUCCUGA